GCGGGAAUUAAAUUCGUCACCCGCCUCAAAAUUAAGAUUGGAGGUAAAUUUUUUUGUUAAAUCUUAAAGUUGGGGACUUUUUUUUUUAAGUCUCACUCUCUCGUCUCUUAAACUUUUCCAAUCUUAGUUAAUCGCAUCUCCAUAUUCUUCCCACUCUCUCUUAAUCUCGUCUUCCAAUUCUUCUCCAAUCUCACUUAAUCGGGUCUCCAUAUUCUUCCCACUCUCCCUUAAUCUCAUAUUUCUGUUCUUCUCCAAUCUCACUUAAUCGCGUCUCAGAGAACUAAGUCGGCAACCACUGAAGAACACUGAUGAGGAGCUAAAUCUAUAUUCAAGGAAGAUUUCGGUGUUUGCAAGAGUGAAAGUUUCAGUUUUCUGGAUCUCAAAAAUUCAGCAUAGGAGUAAGAAGUUAAACAGGUAAUCCAUCAUGGCGCCCAAAAGUGAUAAUGCAAAACCUCGUCGCAGUAACCGUCAGCAAGGCAUUGAGUUGAGUUCUGAUGUUGGAUUGAGAAAACAUAGAAGAAGCAAGAAGAAGAAACUUGGCGCUGAAUCUGACCAUGUUGACAAGCACGUUGCUGAUGUACUUGGUUCUGAUUUGGCUGGCAUGGAGGAUGACCAUGUUGACACUAAUGAGGAAGUGGCUGCAGAAGAUGACCAUGUGGACACCAAUGAGAAAGUGGCCGCAGAAUAUGACCAUGUUGACAAUCAUACCGAUGAGGAAGUGGCCGCAGAAGAUGACCAUGAUGUAUCGGAAGAAGUACUGGCUGGAGAUGAGGAAGAAAUUCAGCAACCCAGCAAUGAACAUGUACCUGAGGAAGUACAGGCAAAUAACAAGAAAAGUAAAACAAGAGGACCAACCAAAAUGCGGAAUAUUGCAAACCACCAUGACGACAAGGUAGUUGUUGAAUUUACAUCUAUUGGUGAGCAUGUAGGUGAUGGAUCAGUGACACUUUCAUCAUUCUUUGGGCCGCUUGUGAGAGAACAUGUACCUAUCUUACUUAAUAAUUGGAGGUACUUGCCUGUUCAGACUAAAGACACAUUUUGGGAAGAGAUUCAUGUACUUGCCUGUUUAUAAUUGUCUAUAACAUUC